AUGGAAGAUCCGUGCUUCGGACCCAAUAGCGGCACCUCCACAGCCCCUAUCGGGGCUUGGGCCCUCGUGCUUCCUUCGGGUGGUAUGGCAGCUAGGCACAGAAAGGGUGUUACAGCUGAACGAUUACAAUUACUACCAAUUGUGAAUCUUAACCAGAAGCAAUUAUUUCUAUUCCUGUCUUCAAACACGACACUUCAUCUGACUGAGAUCCCGUCAAAAUUUGGCCUCGGAAGUAUAAGUUGCAGUAGAAAAGCUAGUAACUGGUUAGGUAGGUCACAAGUGUUUUAUGGGUACACUGUCCGAAGUGCACUAUGGUGUGGCUCAGCACUGGUUGGAGCGAGAUGGCCAAAGUGGUUAGAGCGCGAAUUUACUGAUCGGAAGGCUUUGGCAACCUGGCGGUACCCCAACCCUCGUGCAAACUUCGGCCUGAGGGUCCGUGGUUCGAACCCGACCUCUGCCUCUCGACUUCCUCUGUCUAGGCUUGGGCGAACCGGCAGUAUUCCAGCCCUCUUGCAACCUUCGGGUGGCAGGGCAGCUAGGCAUCGAAAGGAUGCUACAGUUAAGCGAUUCUCAGCACUGGUACAACUCUGUGGUUCGGGCGCAUGGACCGGAAGGUCCGUGGUUCGAACCGGACCUCUGUCUCUCGACUUCCCUCGUCUAGGCUUGGGCAACAUGGCAGUGUCCCAGCCCUCGUGCUUCCUUCGGGUGGCAUGGCAGUUAGGCACCAAAAGAGUGCUACAGCUGAACAAACGUCAACAUACCUUCGAAUUACGCAACCGUUCCAAUAAUUCCUCGACUCCUGACAACAACUCUUGA